CCCCGCCGCGGCCGGAGGUAGCGGUAGUGGCGGCAGCCGGAGCGCGGCCGUGGGAGGGCGCGGGCUCUGUGUCAAGGGGCAGAGAGGCCGCUCGGGAGCUGUGUGGGUCCGGCGGCGCCCGGGGGCUCGGUCAGCGGCCCCGGGGGGCCGCGGCGGCGACGGCAUGGAGCAGGCAGCGCCCAAGAGCAAACUGAAAAAGCUAAGUGAAGAUAGUUUAACUAAGCAGCCUGAAGAAGUCUUUGAUGUUCUGGAGAAGCUUGGUGAAGGGUCUUAUGGUAGCGUGUUUAAAGCAAUACACAAAGAAUCUGGACAAGUUGUAGCAAUUAAACAGGUCCCCGUGGAGUCAGAUCUUCAAGAAAUAAUUAAAGAAAUCUCUAUAAUGCAGCAAUGUGACAGUCCUUAUGUUGUCAAGUACUAUGGCAGCUACUUUAAGAACACAGAUCUAUGGAUUGUUAUGGAAUAUUGUGGAGCUGGCUCUGUUUCAGACAUAAUUAGACUGCGUAAUAAAACGCUAACAGAAGAUGAAAUUGCAACUAUUUUGAAAUCUACUCUUAAAGGACUUGAAUACUUGCACUUUAUGAGGAAAAUACAUAGAGAUAUAAAAGCUGGAAACAUCCUUCUUAACACCGAGGGACAUGCAAAAUUAGCUGAUUUUGGUGUGGCUGGCCAGUUAACAGAUACAAUGGCAAAACGUAAUACUGUUAUAGGAACUCCGUUUUGGAUGGCUCCUGAAGUCAUACAAGAGAUUGGCUAUAACUGUGUGGCAGACAUCUGGUCCCUUGGUAUCACUUCAGUAGAAAUGGCUGAAGGAAAGCCUCCAUAUGCUGAUAUUCACCCAAUGAGGGCUAUUUUUAUGAUUCCUACAAAUCCCCCUCCAACCUUCCGGAAGCCAGAGCUCUGGUCUGAUGAGUUUACAGAUUUUGUGAAGAAAUGCUUAGUGAAAAAUCCUGAACAAAGAGCUACAGCAACCCAGCUGCUACAGCAUACAUUUAUUAAGAAUGCUAAGCCAGUUUCAAUUUUAAGGGACCUGAUCACUGAAGCUAUGGAGAUAAAGGCAAAGCGACAUGAGGAACAGCAGAGAGAACUAGAAGAGGAGGAAGAAAAUUCGGAUGAAGAUGAGUUGGACUCUCACACCAUGGUGAAGACCAAUUCAGAGAGCGCUGGUACCAUGAGAGCCACCAGUACGAUGAGUGAAGGCGCUCAGACAAUGAUUGAACACAACAGCACCAUGUUAGAGUCAGACUUGGGGACCAUGGUAAUAAACAGUGAUGACGAUGAAGAGGAAGAUGGGACCAUGAAACGAAAUGCUACUUCACCACAAGUUCAAAGACCUUCUUUCAUGGACUACUUUGAUAAACAAGAUUCCAAGAAUAAAAGCCCUGAAAACUGUAAUCAGAACAUGCAUGAACCUUACCACAUAUCCAAAAAUGUUUUCCCUGAUAACUGGAAAGUCCCUCAAGAUGGAGACUUCGAUUUCUUAAAGAAUCUGAGUUUAGAAGAAUUACAGAUGAGAUUAAAGGCUUUGGACCCUAUGAUGGAACGAGAAAUUGAGGAGCUUCGUCAGAGGUACACUGCAAAGAGGCAACCUAUCCUAGAUGCGAUGGAUGCAAAGAAACGGAGGCAGCAAAAUUUCUGAGUUGGUUUUACUUUCAAACAUAAUACUAUGAGUCAGUGUGGACACUGGUAACUUUGUAAGUCAGAAGGAAUUCAAUUAUGAGAGUUUUCAAAACUCCAGUCUGUUAAAUUUUCCUUCACAAGCAGUGACAAUUGGAGCAGUCAAGAACAUACAUAUGGUGUUCUGCAAAGGCAGCAAACACAUUACCACUUGUUUGCAUUUUCAAAUGUUUAAUGUAAUAGAAGUUUAAUCUAUUACUUCCCAAUUUUUUUCAGGUGUGUAGUGGUAACUAGGUGUUGUACAUUGGGAAUUGUGUUUUGGAGCACCUGGAAUGAUUUCUUGAUUGUGCAACACUACCGAGCCUUAUAUUGCAAUGUAUUUUUCUCCCACUUAGUAGCAUAUUUAUUAUGUAAUCUUUGGUUAUCCUAUUUAUUUUAUGCCUGUUUUCUGUUGGGAAGUAUUAGGAUAAUACUGGGGAGAGCAGAGUCAAAUUAGAUAAGAUUGGUAUUGUAGUAUAAUGAAAAGUUGCUCACCACUGUAUUAUCUUUUAAAACACCAAUUUAUCCCGAUUCAGGACAGCACUUGAACAUGUAUCCAGCCCAUUCAUAGCAGUAAGAUUUAGGAAUAAAGUAAGUAAUAGGCACAUGUUUUUCUGCUUUCCUGAAUCAGGGACUGGUGUAGUUGAGUAGCACAGUUGUUACACUACAGAGCAUUCUUUGAGAGAGUAUUUCUGUCAUUUGUACGCACACUGAGUCAGCUAUCAUUAAACAAGAAAACAAGUGCCUAAGCAGUUUUAAUUUUUGUUAUUCAGGAGAAGCAAUACUUACAGUCACUCCUUCAAUGUAAACUUCCAAUUGCUAUUGCAAUUCUGACCAGUAUAAACCUCUAUUUUGCACCGUAGUUUUAUAAUGAAAUAACAGCUACACUUUCUGGAUAUGUUUUUUGGUUCAUUUGGGGUUUUUUUAAUCGCUGUUUUGAGGGGAGAGGGGAAUUAUUAGUGCUUUGGGGUUUGUUUGUUUUCACAUUAUAGCUACAAAGGAUAGUAAUUUAAAAACCAAAGAAAAUAAAUUGAAUACUUAUAUUUAAUAAGUAUAGAAAAGAAGCAACAUUUAAUAGUGUUCUGAGGGGGUUGUCCUGUGAUUGCUAAACAUUCAAAAUUCCUAUAGUCUUCUGUUGGUAGAUUUUGGGGAAUCAGAAAUGCAGGACCAAGAUCUUAAUAGCUUUUUACAAGUUCUUGUCUGGUUUAUGUUGUGGAAUAUCUAUUGGUAGAAUUUAAAACAUUGUGAGAAGUAUUUCAGACUUAGCAGAAAAUGUGUUCCACUCUCUGAACAAUCUACUGGGUUCUCUGUUGAAAUCUUUACUAUUGUUGCCUUGUAUGUAAAUAACUUCAUUGUGAUAGUCAGACUUCUUUCAGCUGAAAAGAUCUUUACAUUCAGCCUUCAGCUGUUAAACUUUUCAUGGUGACUACUAUAUGGGCAUCUUCUGUUAAAUGUUUUCUGGAAGUUAGUAAUCAUCUCAUACCUCUUAACAUUAAUUGUCAACAUAUAUGGACCAUUAAGAUUGAACAGUGUCGAUUUUGGAAAUGAUGCAUUAUGUCAUAAAGCUUAUGCCAGUGGAGACAAGAAGUUCUUACAAGGAUCAGCAUUCUACAGCCAUGCUGGUACCAGUACUUGGGUUUGAGCCAUAUACAUGCAUGCACACCACACUCUGACAUGUAAACCCCAGAGUCAAAUAAAUCUUAAUUGUGAUUGUUAGCACAUCCUUAUCCUCAGCUCUCUUCAUACUUCUUAGAGCAAUGACCAUUCCAUGUGAAAAUGCAAGAACACAGAAGAUCCAUAAAAAUUACUUUAGGCAAGAUAAAAUGCAGCUGGUAGUCUUAUGCCUCACAUUUAUACAAUGAAAUGAUGUAAGGAAAAAAAUGGUAUAAACAUAUCACUAUAUCAUUAGAUAAUAAUCAUAAUGCAGGAAAAAAUAACAGUACCAACUUCCCCCUAUUAGUAUGGUUCUUAUUUAUUACAAGUAAUUUUUACUUCUUGAACUUUUGUUCUCAAAAACUCAAAAGAUGUGUGUGCAUACAUUGAUAUGUGUAGAUAUACACACAUAUAUAUUCAUAUCUAUAUGUAUAUGUAAGAGAAAAUAUAAAACACGUUGAAACCAUCAGGAGAGGAACCUAGCUUGCCUUUUCUUGGUGUGCCUUUUAAGCAAAGUGUCAUUGUCUAGACACUCUUACCUUCAUCCUCAGCAGCUAGAUUUUCCCCUACUCAAUCUUGAACUUUUCACACCAAAAAUAAGACUUUGAGUUUGAAUAAUGUGGUUUUACAGUGUAAUAGACAAUGAUACAAAAUGAUCACAAAUUUCCUGUUUUGUGUAUUCUGAAAACUUCAGUUAAUGUGGUACCCUAAAGAUGAAUUGCAUAUCCCGAGGGCCUCCAAUAAAAGGCUGUUUUAGACUAGAGCUGUUGCAGUCUGACAUCUGAAAGCUAUCAGAAGAUAAAGGACAUCCUUUUUUUUUCUAUCUGCAUAGAAAGAACUCAGUCUUCGUGCACGUGCACGCACACAAGAAUGGAAAAUACAUGCGUGAGAAAAAUCUGAAUGCCAUGGAAUAAAACAAAUAAAACAAGCUACUUAAAAGGGCAAAAAAUAACAUCUAGUGUACUGUAAGCUGGGUAGGUACGGGAUGUUCAUGACCAAAGAAUACUUUCAUGAAUUAAUAUGAAAUUAGUAUGUGGCCAUUCUGGUAUGGUGGAGACUGCAGCCAGUGAAAGAGCUGCCUUAGGCUUCAGCAGCCAGCAUAUGGAGCUCCAAAUUCUGUGCAAGCAUUAACAUAGAGAAAUAGGUUUUGUACUGAGAGAUGGAUGCAACUUAUUUUUUCUUUCUUCUGUUUAUAUAAAUGAAUUGAAUCAUCCAUGUUGAUGGCUACACAUCUCUACUGGAGGAUGGGCAUCUCUGUGAAGGAAAGCCAAUAAUACAAUAAAUAAGAUACUUUAAAAGCAAGCCUUGCAGGAAAUCUAAUAGAACUACUGACAAGUUAACCUUCAGUAAGAUUUUAACCAAGCAAUUUCUUGUUUGCUUCUGACUUUGUAUGUUUAGGUUUAGUAAGUUAAAAAAAAUUUUGAAAAAUCAUUGCUUAUUACUAAACAUUUUUAAUAAAAGCUAAUUUUUCAUGUAUAAUUGUCGACUUGUUCAUUCUAACUGAAGCAAAAUUAUCUUAAUAGUAACCAUUAAUGUUCAUUUCCUUAGGCAUCCCUCAUGUUUCAUUUCCUUUCUGUAACACUGUGAGCAUAGAAACCCACGUCUCUCAAAGUCAGCUCUGGAAAGGGUUUUUCCAGAUCGCAACAUUGCUGCAAGAACUAGAAGUCUGAGGAUCUCAUGAAAGUAGAUCAGACUAGGAAUCCUCAGUACUCUGUGGAGGUCCCUCUCUCUGCAAUCUGAUGUUGCUAAAGACCUAAUCCUGAGAGAGCUGAGCAUCACCCAAAUAUCUUCUUCGACAUCCUUAACUUGGAGGUACAUAAGGGGUUUGAGUUGUUCCUUUGUUGUUCUCAUCACACUGGAAAGCCAAUAGGCAAUGGAUAGGCUUAAGUAGGAAAAGUGGAUACAUAUACAUUUAAUGUCUCGAAUAUAAUUCCAUUGCCCAUUUCUUUUCUGAUUUUUAAAAAUUAUUCUCUUAAGAACUUGCCCACGAAUACACUUCAGUAAAUGGAACUCAUGACUGAUGCUCCUUAGUGAACCAUGGUAUAUUUGAAGUGACAAAAGUUCCUUGUGUCUUUUUUUAUUGAUGUACAAAGAAUAUUUAGGGAAUUAUCUCAGUGCAGUGGAAGAGUCUGUGUAAUGGCAUCAGCUAACAAUCACUCCAUGCCCUGUGCCAGGGCCUUUCUUAGUGCAAUAGCACUAUUCCCAAGCCUCCCAAGUUUUUACUGUGGGCACUGGGUUUAGCUUUGCCAGAACUGAUGGUGGGAGCAGCAAGUUUUCACGUGCUGUAGGCAAACAGCCAGAGUUCUUGCCUGGUGCUGGUACUUGUUUGGUGCUAACAGACCUUUCUACAGGCCACAGAAAAUUCAGAGGGGCUAAACUGGGCACUAAGUAGGGCGCUGCCCAGACCCAGGCAGCAGGAAGACAUUGGAAAGAAUUAAACUAUAAUCUGGUUCUGGGCUCAAAUACUGGUUUUCUGUCUGUCACAAUGGGGGAAAACAUUAACGGUAUUUACCAUGUACCAUGGCACUGCAACCCCCAGUGACCUUAAAAAUUUUCUCUUUAGGUGUCACAGCUUCAGAAGUUAAAUUUGUAAAUAUACGUGGCCACGUGCUAAUGUAUACGAAUAUAUUUUCCUCUGUCAAAUUAAUUAAGCUGCAUGUUGUUUACUAAAAACCUCGUUUCCUCUCCCUGUGGAUAUUUCUUCCGAGGACAGAUACAAUACAUUGCAGUAUCUCUCCCUAGCUUCUCCCAGAGAAAUGCUCAGCCCUCCUCGUCCUGUUUCUCCCCUCUGGACAGUAUUUGGAGCUGACCAGUAUAAUUCUUUAGCUGUUCUUUUGCUGCAUACAGGUGUGCCCAGAAACAAGCACCCCGCCCUCCAAUUCCUCCUUUUAUUCCCUCGGUGUCACUGGAAGGAUUGAUGCAUGAGAAGAUGGCUGUGGCCCUCAGAUGUUUCUAACGCUACUUUUUUCCCUACUCAGAUCUUUCUGCUGCUUUGCACUCCUCCUGGGCUCCCAAAGCCUGCAUGGUUGUUGUUAAAAAAAGCCUCGCAGCAAAUACAUCAAAGAGGGAGACCAAAAGCUUUUGAGUUGAUUUAUAUGACACUUAGCCUUUUGUGUGAUGCAUCAAUUGAUAUUUCAUUUUUAUUGCAGUAUAGUGGGGUAUAUAGGCUUAACAGCAAGAGGUGUCCUUUUGAUCUCUCAUCACACAUGAAAACAGGUGUCACAGUCCAGAGAUUAUGAAGGUCAGAGAUUAUUUGAGGAAGGAUUAAGUAGAAGUACCAUUUUUCAUAGCAACCAUAUCCAAAACAUGAGACUCUUUUAAAAGUGCAGGUGUUAUUUCAGUCUCUAGAUAAGUCGUAUUUAUUUGUCAUAUACCAAUUUUUCCUGCUGAAACUAUGGAAGAAGACCAGAAUUUUUCAAAGUGUUUUGUAAUAAAAAUGCAGAAACAAAUCAAAUGCUCCACUUACAAAUACAAUUAAUAAAAUUUUGGGUUGCUUUUCCUAUUAGUUGAUCUUUACAGAAAAUGGCCUUGAGACUGUUCAGAAAAUAAUGGGGUGACUGUAUUAAUGUUCAGCACUGUACCAAUUUAAAUACACAUACAGUUGCUUAGUCCAAUCUGAUUUACCUCAGAAAGUGAACAGAAUUUUCUGAUGUGGUGAGUACCGGUUCAGUAUUUCAAUAAAUACAACUGAAAUACUGCUCUGACUCAUUCCAAGAGUCUCUCAUCCCAUUAGAAACUCUAAAACAACCAAAAGCAAUUUGGUAACCCACUAUAGGUAUGUGGGUAUCUCUCCUGCUAAGGAAACACAUCCACCACUGAUAGCUCAGCUUUUAUAAAAAUAGAUUAGCUUUUGAGGCUGUUUACAUUCCACAAUGUAAUGUGGGUAAAAUCAAUAGCAAUAGUGUUGUAUUAGAUUCAACAAACCCAAGAAACCUAUUUCUCCUAGUUAGUGUAAUUAUAACUUCUGUUGACAAGCAGAUGUUUAAACAGCCCCCAAAUAUGUAAUUAUUAGAAGAAAUAAGGAAGUGAGGCUCUCUAGGAUUAUAGGACCAGCAGUAGAGUAGCCCUGCAUCCCAAAAAUUAAUGCAAAUUUAUUCCAAGAGUAGGUAUAAUUUUGAAGCCUUUUAAGUGUAGUUAGCAUUGAUUUAUUCAGCCCAUCAACUGACAUAAGUUUAUACAUCUCAUAGCGCUUGUCUUCAGUCACUGCCUCCACAGAAAGCUCAACAGUUUGGUCCUAUCUUGCAGCUAGAGUAGGAGGAAGUCUUAUUUGCACACUGUUUGACUAAUGUGAACUGAAGUGUUUAGUUCAGCUCUUUGCUCUACAACAAGGAACAACCAUUCAGGCAUUUUUAGAAGAUUACUGCUCCAUUUCUGAGCCGUCUUCCAGCUUCUGUCCUGAUCAGUGGAAGCGAGGCUGCUCAGGGCUGAAUGGGGGCCGUGCUGCAGAGCCAAAGAGAUGUUCCUUCAUCACAGCAAGUGACAGAACCUGUAUGGCUUUACCUUCCCAAAAUAUUGUGAGGCUGCCAGCCUCGAGUUUGGAGUGCCAUGCUGCUGACCCAGGUGAGGGAAGGGUGUGUCUAACACCCCUGGCUGUGCUUACAAAUUUGAAGUCUAAACUUUUGGAAGGUGGUCUCUGAUUCUUGGUCCAGAUCUAUAAAUGAAACCAUGCAAGACAUGGCUGUCCUGUGCACUUUUCAAGGAAAGAAUUUAAACGCUGUUCAGCAGCAGCUUUGUUUUCCAUUCAGGUUCAUUCUUUUCUGGACUGUAUUGUUAAUUCUUUAUUUUAAACACCCAGAACUGAAACAGACUAACUUUCAUUCACUAUGGCUUUCUUCUCAUUCUUCUCUGGAAAGAUGAAAAGAUGCACUUCACUUUUUUAAUACUGCUUUCUCAGGAUGGAAAAUUGUCAGGUAUCUUGUUUCAGGUAUCAUUAACUGUCUAUCAAAGCUUUUUUCUUCUAUAUUCUUGGUAUGUCUAGACUGACCUUUCUCUGAAUCUAAAGGGAUUCCUAAGGAAAUCAAAUACACCUAGAAACACCUACCACCUCCUUUCCUUUCCCAGCACGUUAAAUUGUUUUGGUGCUCGGGGGCUUCUACCGAGUGUGAAGAAACAUUUGUAUUUUUGUGUGCUGGUGGAUGGGCCAGUGCUGUGUAACUACUCACAUGAAGCAGGGUCCUUUGUGUGCUCUCCAGCACUGCCCUGGUAGCACUGGGAAGAGCACCAGUACAGCUCCAGUUUGGAAAAUGUGACAGCCAGGAGUGGGGCUACCUUCAACCAACAUAUAAGGAAGGUCCAAGCAUUUUUGCCGUCAAAAGUAUAAGCAAAAUUUCCCUGUAUUUAUAAAGCGUUUCCAAUACUGAAGUGAGAUGCCCCUCCUAAAAAUCAACUGCCAAACCUGGUAGUUGCCUUGCCAGGCUGAGUAAGAAAGGAUUGGAGAAGGAGCUGCAGCCUGACUUUGGCCAGUUGCAAUGUCCCUGUUGCGGGGCCUGUCUUGCCUCUCUGCUGAUCGCUCAAAAGAGGGGGAUAUGCAUAAGGGAGAGCAGAAUGGGGAUAACCCACUCCUGGAAGGUACUUGCAAGUGGCAUCAGCCUCUUCCCUGGUUUCAGCUGUCUUAUUUAGAGCAUGCUCCCACAGGGAAUGGUGAGCAACUCACCAAAGAAAAAUACAUCCAGGGCUUCUUCCUUCAACAGGAAGAGAUCAAAAUGUUAAAAAAUGAUCAUGCUAACAGUGGCAGCAGGAAGGUGUGCUUUGGUAUGGAAAGAAGAAACAUAGAGAAUGGAUUAUUUCCCAAAAGGAAACCACAAUUUUGACAUGUUGUCUUUUGCCAUACUUGGAAACGUAACAUAGGGAGUUGCUAGCCCAUGGUCUGACAUGCCUAGGCACUGAUACAAUAGAAAUAAAUUAGAAUUUACCUGGUAAUUAAAUGGAUGGUCCUUAAAGGGCUAUGGUAGGGUGUCAGUGUUCAGAACAUUUCCUAGAAUUUGAACACAAAUUUCAAAAAUAGCAUAGUCAUUUGAAAGGAUAAUUUCCACCAAAAGUUGGUGGGAUUGAUGUUCCAAAGUCAGGAACUCCAAACCUUCAUCUUGCUGUGUUACAACCCCACCACGUCACCUGUCCUCAUGUGUCAUGGAGGCUCCAGGAAUAGCCACAUCAGGUCAUGGCAGAUAGAGAGGGGGAAGCAGGAGAUACAGGACUUGGGAUGAGCAGCACAGCAGCUGCUGGCAAGCAAACUGUGCUGCUGUGUGAGCACCACUCAUCUUCCAAGUAAGAUUAAGAGUUUUCUUUGAAAGUCGACAGUGUCAUCAGUUGAAUAGCCUGCUCAGAACUACAGAGACUUUUGCACCACACAGAACACCUGCACACUGGGUGACAACAAGCCAGGAUGCUGGACCAUGCAUCUGAAAGUGGGCAGCUCUCUUAGGCUGCUUUAGAUCUAUAGAAGAAAUGGUCAGAUUUAUAGCAGACUUUGUCCAAUUCGUGAAAAACUUAGCCCUGUUUAUAUCUGAACAGAGAUUUGUGAGAAGCCAGAGCCCAUUAGUACCCUUAAAGAAAAAAAGCAAGAGUGGGAGGUGCUGAUGUGAAGCUGAAAUGCUGGAUUUGUGCCACUGCCUCUUAUGGCAAAUUCAUGUGCUUAUCCAAGUGAGGACUUACAUGAUUUAGGGUUGUGUGUAAAGGGUGAGGCAAUGUCAGGCAAACAAAUUUCUGCAGUGGGAGGUCAGUGUGAGUCCCAACACCUGUGAGAUGAUUCUCCGUCCUCUUUUCUAGCAGGGCAAAUAAAUUCCAGAGCCAGAUCUUUUCCAGCAGUGUUAUAUGAUCUCGGGAAACACUUUCUAGACUGUUUGGAGGUUGCUUCCUCCACUUGACAACCCAUAAUUUUAUAUAUGAGAGGUGAAGAGAUCCACAAUCUUUAAUGAGAAUGAUGUUUCUUAGCAGCUUCAAUGAUUGUUCUGUAGAACUGUUGCUUUGAAUAAUGUAUUACCCAUUGCUCUAUUUUUAACUCUGUAAAUUAUUCUCAGAUGAGAAGCAUAAUCUUUUUUUUUUUAGGAAAAAGGCAGAAUCAGUAAAAAAUGCUUCAGAAGUCAGAUGGGAACAUUCUUUUACCCUGUCUGAAUAGUGUGCAACUUGAAAAUUAGUUACAGGAGAUCAAAUUAAUUUCUGGUGUAACUUAAUGGGAAGCCAGGUGCAUAAAUUGGAAAAGAAAAUAAGAAUAACAUGAUGAGAAAAGAAUAGUUCUGGCACAACACCUCACCGAGGGAUAUGAGUAGUGACUUGGGUUGAAUGUUGUUUGAAAGUACCAUCAAAGGUAGAUUAAAGUCAAGAGUAUUGUGAGAGGAAAUGGAUAACCAGCACAGCAGGAGCAGUUACUCCAGGGGCUUUCUGCUGCUUAUAUGUGCACAGCUGGGGCCUCUAGGGAUGGGGGUUAUUUUGGAAGAGAUGAAAGGUCAUGUCAAGUUGAUUUAGUGCCUACAAAUGCUGCUGGUAUGUUGUUUAGUCCCCAGUCUGUCAGGUAGAGAACAAGAAGCAUGUACUGUUUGUUCCACUGAAAAAUGUGGGUUCCCCACCACAAUCACCAAUUAAGAGCAUUUCUAAGAAUAGAAAUCUAGCCUGAUGUGCAUAUUUAAAAAAAACUUACCUUCACAACGAGGCCCAGGCUUCUCUUUGAUUAUAAUAUAUACUCAGAAUGUUCCUGAAACUUAAAUCAGUUCUAGAUCCCUGGUGAAAGAUAAUUUUUUAUGCAUUUAAUUUCCUUUUUGUGGCACAAAACUGAGUUCUUGAGUGCGCUACACACUACUGGGACAAGACACACAGUACAAAGAGCACCAGAUACAGUGGUUCCCUGCAGUCUUGUAAAGUUCUAUACAAAAAGGUACAAAUACUGGAGGUAAUAAAUUUGGAAAAUUAAAUGCAAAGUUCUUUGUUUUUAAGUUUGCAAUGUGAAGUAGCUCAUGCUCUAUAUAACAUGUGAGGAAAAACCAGUCUAUUUUCAAAAUGGAAAGUCUGCAGGGAAAGAGAGAAUUAGCAGCUGAUGAAAUUAAGUGAGUAAUAAACCAGGCAAUAGUACAAAAUCUGAACAUACAUAAAAAGCUUAAUCACAAUCUAUAUAUAGAUUUUACAUCUCAGGAACAUAAUGUAACAUAUUGCUUCUCAAGGGCAUCUCUGACUCUCAUAAUAGCCUAGAUUUGUACUAGAAAUCCAGAUUCUCUAACAGUUUAUUCCUGGCAAUAAAGUUACCUCAUUUGAAACAUUACCACAAUUCUCAUUUAAACAAUACAAAGCUCUCAGAUGAAAGUGAAUAGGCACAGCAUUUUCACUGGUGCCAGAAAGGUGACUGUCACAGGCAGGAGGAGCACAGGCCGAUGCAAUGUUCUUCAGUAAACUGUACAUCCAUAGUAAGGAGAUUUCUGACCACAGAAAUUUUCAGAUUUCCAGCUCUGGAGAAAGUGGCCAAUUAGUCCUCUCAUCCUUCAAUUCUGACCCACUGGUUUAUGGAAGUGCAGAUGCCCUGCUCUCACACAACAGUGAAUGAAGAAGUCUGGCAAAAGUACUGACUGUGCAAAAAAUGCACCAGCUCUUCUCCCCUGUGAGGAUUUGGAGAGAUUGCAUUUUUUCUUCGAAGUGUAAUGUAAACAUUUUCCUGUAGCUUUUAUUUAAUGCGAGAUAAGUUUUCUCAGCACUUAUUGCACUGAGCCCUAGAAUAGACAUUACUUCAUAAAAUGGCAGGAAAGGUGUGCCUUAUUCUUCCUUACCUAGAUAUUUUGGGGGAGAUAAGACAGCAACAUUGCUUAAAUCAUUAAACUGUUAUUCUGCUCAGUGAAAAAUUCUGUUAGUCAUAAGCGAAUAUUAAAA